GUGAAUGAAACGCACCGUUUGCAGAGACAUAAGCGUGGCCUAAGAGUAACAGCCAUUGUUGUGGAGCUUGAGUUUCAGUGAAACGUUUGGUGAUGAAUAAGAUGAGAAGACCAAUAACCAUACCACUACUGGAGCAAACCCCUAAAAACCCAAAACCAGCGCUCUCUCCAAUCCCAAACCCCACACUUCCAAGCGCACCCAAAACCCCAUCAACCCCUCACCCAACCCUCACUCUCUCCCCAACUUCUAACCACACGCACCUCCUCAACUUCCUCAAAACCCAUAUAAAAAACCCACCUCUCACAUCCCAAGCCCUCCUCCAUUUCCUCAAAUGCAAGCUCCACCACCACCCCACCUUCACCCACUUCGACUUCCAUGUCUUCAACUGGGCCUCCUCCAUCGACUCCUUUCGCCACGACCAUUCCACAUUCGAAUGGAUGGCCCGCACGCUCGCAAUCACUGACCGCUUCGUCGAAUUGGGUUCUCUCCUCAGCUUCAUGGUCUCCAACCCUUGUCCUUGCUCGGAUGGUAUUUUCUCUUGCCCCAGAACAGAACCCAUUUUCCAAUUUUCCAUUAAUGCUUAUUGUAGAGUUGGGAGAUUGGGUGAUGCUGUGAUUGCGUUUGAUUCUAUGCGGAAAUUGAUUGAUGGGAGGCCUAGUGUUUUGGUUUAUAACAUUUUGAUUCAUGGAUUUGUGAAAUGUGGUCAGCAUGAUAAGGCUUUGGGGUUGUAUGAUAAGAUGAUGAAGGAUAGAGUUAAGGCUGAUGUGUUUACUUUCAAUAUUUUGAUUAGUAGUUAUUGUCGGAAUUCACAAUUUGGGUUAGCCUUGGAGUUGUUUAAGGAUAUGAGAGAGAAGGGGUGUAGCCCCAAUGUGGUGAGUUUUAAUACUUUGAUUAAAGGUUUCUUUAGGGAGAGGAAGUUUGAGGAUGGGAUUGGGAUGGCUUAUGAGAUGAUUGAAUUCGGGUGCAAGUUUUCGAGUGUGACUUGUGAGAUUUUGGUUGAUGGCCUUUGUAGAGAAGGUCGGGUUUCUGAGGCGUGUGAGUUGUUGAUAGAUUUUUCAAGAAAAGGAGUGUUGCCUAAAUGGUAUGAUUAUCUUGGUCUUAUUGAGGUGCUCUGUAAGAAAGGAAAUUCGGGUAGAGCAUUGGAGGUUGUAGAUGAGCUAUGGAGGAAAGGAAAUGUUCCGAGCUUGAUUGCUUGUACCACUUUGAUUGAGGGUUUGAGUAGGUCAUCAAGAAUUGAUGAAGCUUUUGGAUUGAUGAAAAGGAUGCUUGAAGAAGGUAUAGUUCCGGAUAUUGUGACAUUUAAUUGUCUUCUUCAAGAUCUCUGUAAUCUGAGGAGAACAGUGGAGGCAGAUAGUCUUAAGUUGUUGUCUUCGAGCAAAGGCUUGGACCUAGACAGCACGGCUUAUAGCAUUUUGGUAUCUGGGUAUUCAAGAGAAGGCAAAAGGAAGGAGCAGAAACUGCUGGUGGAUGAGAUGCUGGAUAAGGGGUUUAUACCUGACCUUGGUACAUAUAACAGGCUGGCUGAUUGAUGGGCUUACUAAUGUCAAAAAAUCUGUUCAGCACCCAGUUAACAAUUUUUAAUUGGGGAAUACUUUGGUUCUGAGUUAUUAGUUUUCUUUGAAGAUUUUGAUUGCAAGAGGGCAUGAUAUUGGUCUGUAUCAGAGGUUGAAAGCUGGAGACGUGACACUGUGUAGAUAACAAAAAUAGAAAGAGAGUAUAAGUAAAAUGUCUAAAGCCCUUUUGAUUCUAUAGCAGGUUGUCUUCUUUACGACGAUGGGUUUGGGAGAUGAUCCAUCAACGAUAAUGAGUUAAAAACGAAGCAUAUUACUGGAGCUUUAGGAAUGCAGCAUGAUGUGAAUCUAUAGUGGAGCUUCCACAGUAGAGCUUUCAAUGUGGUGAUUCUUUGCUGUGUUCACUUCCAUUUGGGAACCAGAAUUUCGGGAUUUUGAGGCACUGGAUGUAGUUUGUACUUGCAUUCAUGAAUACAGCAGAAUACAGCAAGAGUGGUUAUGAUCAUGAGAAAUUCAGUGAAGGACGGCACAGCAGGAAGAUUUCAAUAUUUGACACUUUAAUAUGUUGUUCAUAGCAGUUAGAGAUUUUGCACA